AUGCUGGAUCGUGGUCAUCUCCGAUUGGUCUGCCUGGUAAUCCCUGCACUCGCGUCGAUUACGUCCAUCGCGUGUCUCAUGAUUAUCUCGCACCGAAGGAGAAUUCCUGUUCCAGAGAAUCGCCAAAAACCUUCAUGUGGAAGGAGAGUCCAGCUUCAACCGGGCCAGUCUCAACCGCUCGUCAGCAUGAACUAUCCAGACAAUUACCCGUCUUGGCACAGCUGCAACUGGAUUUUCACCUGCUCCUCCGACAUGACGCUCCAAUGCGCAGACUUUCAACUGCCCGAUACCCCUCUGUGCUGGCAGUCGGCCUUUCUCUACGGAGAUAAAAGGGCAUGUGGAACAUCAAAUCCUUUCAAAAAUCCGGUGAAUGUGGGGAAGAGUUUCACAGCCAUCCUCUACGCUUCUCUUGCGAGUGGACCAGGAUUCGACUGUAGUGUCACAUGCGGUCAAAGCUCCACUCCUCCUUGUAAAUGCGGAAUUCCUGCGAGCCCCCCUCCGAGCGGCAAGAGAUCCGUCGAUGUCCGAACCAACGCGACCGAUCCCAACCUGGAUCGGAUUUGGGUUGGAUUGGCCGUUCCUUACGAAGGGAAGUAUCCCUGGAUGGCACACUUCCAAGAUAAAGGAGAAUUCUGUGGGGGUACCCUCAUCAAUGAUCGAUACGUCCUCACUGCAGCUCAAUGCGUCGAUCAGAGCCCAUCGGACACUUUCUAUGUGACCCUUGGAGAUUUAGACUGGUCGACGAAGACCGAAAGUCAAUCCAUUCGGCUGCCAGCACGGGCCAUCAUCCACCCGCAGUACGACCCGGUUUCCAAAGUGAACGACGUCGCUCUGCUCAAGCUCUUCUCUCCGGUGGACUUCCAAGCUUUCCCUCGCAUCCGUCCCAUCUGUACUUCUGCCUAUGCCUUGCCAAUUCCGGGACUAAUCGGCAGAAUCGCGGGAUGGGGUUACGAUGGCGGACCGGGGAUCAGCACGGUGAUGAAAGAGUCGACAGCGACCAUCUUGAGGGAGGUGGAUUGCAAGAACUAUCAGGGCACCCUCGUCAACGACGACAACUUCUGUGCUAAUGAAGGCGGAAGGAACUUCUGUAACGGCGACGUCGGCGGACCGUUCAUGCUCGAAACCGAGGCUGGCUUCUACCAACAACUCGGGAUCAUUUCCUCGCCCACCAAGGAAUGCUACAGCGGCGUUGGAGGAGUCUACAUUAAGACGGCGAAAUACGUGAACGGCUUUAUCAAGCCCAACACCCAGGAUGCCGUUUGGUGCUCUGCCGCCGAGCGCUGAGUCUCUUCUUAGAAUUCGGUUCUGAGAAGCAUGAAAGAUAAAACGUUCAUUAAUGG